UUCCAGGAUUACGCAAGGGUGACAUAAGUGUGUUGAGGAUAAAAAAGAACAUUACUAAAGGAAGAAUUAGACUGCCAAAAGAGCAUGGAUUUUCAUCACUUAUGGGCUGUGAUACUGUCAUGUUUGUGUAUGCAAUGGAGGGCAUUUGCUCAAGUAGAAGUUUGUAACACAGCAGUUAUGGCUGAUAUUGUGUUCCUAGUAGAUGAAUCUUGGAGUGCUGGAGAUGCCAAUUUCCAGAUUAUUAAAGAUUUCAUUAAUGGCAUUAUUGGGUCAUUUAAGAAAAUUCCUUUGGGAAAAGAAGGGAUACGUUUUGGUGUAACCGUCUACAGUGACAAACCAAGGAUGAAAAUUGCUUUGACAGAUUAUGUCACAAUUGAAGAAGUACUUGUAGCAGUGCGUGAUCUUCCCUAUGAAGGUGGAAACACAAAAACUGGAGAAGCUCUGAAAUAUCUCAUGGAGUCUGUUUUCAGUUUUUCAGUAAUUAGAGAUGAUGCUCCAAAGAUAGCAAUUUUAAUAACAGAUGGAAAGUCAGCAGAUUCAGUGGAGGAUCCUGCAAUGAAGCUGCAAAACAAUGGGAUCACAGCAUUUGCAGUUGGAAUUAAAAAUGCAGAUAAAACUGAAUUGAAGAAAAUAGUUUCUGACCCUUAUGAAGAGCAUAUGCUCUAUGCAGAAGACUUCAAUCAUCUCAGCACUCUCUUACCCAAAGUCACUAGAAGAGUCUGCUUCACAGCUUCUGAGCCUCCAAGACCAGUGAAACAAAUCAGCGAGCGAGAUAAAAUCAUUGGUCCUAAAGACUUGGUUGUUAAUGAACUUAGUCACAGCUCUUUGAGACUGACGUGGACUCCAGCUACUGGUGAUGUAGCUGAAUACCAGUUGGUAAUUAAUACUUUGUCCCCUUCUGGAGCCCUGGCAUCAGAGGAGCAAAAGCAGAUCAUCUUGAAUGGAAAUGACAGAACCACUCUGGUGACUGACUUGAUGCCCAACACUGAAUAUUUAUUCACCAUCUUUGCUGUGUAUGCUGAUACCAUUGGUGAUUCAACAUCUAUCAAAGCAAAAACAACUCUUGUGCCUCAAGUUACUAAUUUUCGAGUGAUUGAGGAGGGACUUUUCACUCUCAGACUGGCAUGGACUCCGCCAUUAGGAAAGCUGGAAGGCUAUAAAAUUUACAUACCUCGAUCUAACAGGCCAGGAUUAAAGUAUGAACAGAUUCUGAGUGGAGACAUGUCUUCACAUUUGAUUGACAGUCUGGAAGAGGAUAAAGAAUAUUCUAUAAGUAUCUAUGCAGUUUAUCCACAAGGGCCAAGUGAACCUGCUUCUACUUCUGGUAGAACGUUGAAGCUGAUCCCUGUGCAAAACCUGAUCCUUCAAAAUGCAACUACAGAUACCAUCCAAGUCAGGUGGACACGAGUAAGGGGAGCCUCCGGGUACCGUUUAACCUGGUCCUCAUCAGAGGGCUACAUAGAGAAUGUUAACCUUGGGGAAUCCUAUCAGUUCUACAUGAUUCAGGGACUGCAUCCUGGCUCAGACUACACUGUCACCAUUAAUCCAAUUUUUGGUGACAUCGAGGGACCUGUAACAACUGGAGUAGCUCGAACAUUGGCUAGCAGUGCUGUGCAGAAUUUAAAGGUUACUGGUGUCAACACUAACAGUGCCAUGAUAUCCUGGAAUUCAGUGCCAGGUGCAACUGGAUAUAGGCUGGCAUGGGGGCCAACAGCAGAGUUUGCUGGUAAAGAUCGCCCACGACAGCUAGCUCUCAAUAGCUCCACCACAAACUAUAACCUGCGCAAUCUUGUGUAUGACACUGAGUAUGUCCUUUCCUUGUAUGUGUUGUUUGGAUCUAUUGUUGGACCUGGAAUCACAGCAACAGCUAGAACAUCUCCUCUUGGAUAUGUCUCCAACUUCAAGAUUACGUCUUAUACAAGCACUUCAAUUGAUGUAGCAUGGAGUGCAAUUGUUGGAGCAACUGAAUAUAAAAUAUCUUGGCAUCCAUCAACAGAUGACAAAACAAUUGAGAGCCAGUACUUAGAUAACACUGUUCUGAACUACCACAUUGAUGGUUUGCACCCUGAGACCGACUAUACUGUCAGCAUUCAUGCAGUAUAUGGCAAUUCAGAAGGACCACCAAUAAUGCUUUCACAAUAUACAGCUUCAACAAAAGAUAUAGAAACGAUUCAAAGUGUGAAGGAUUUAAAGGUCAUUGACAUUGGAGUGGACAGCUUCAAACUUUCUUGGAAGAAAACAGCUGGAGUUUCUGGAUAUAGAAUUACUUGGGCCCCAUUCCAUGGAGGUACAAAGAAAAGUUCUCUCGUGUCCAGUGAUUCAACUUUCUUUACAAUAUCGGAUCUCCUUGAAAGUUCUGCUUACACUAUUCAAGUAUCUUCUGUGGCAAGAGGUCGUGAGUCAAGUCCAGUUCUUUUAAAUGCCAGAACAUUGGAUUUGCCAAAAGUGAAUAAGUUUCAUGUUUUAGAAACGACAGACAGCACUGCUCUUUUAAACUGGACAAGAGUUGCUACUGCAUCUGGAUAUUUGUUAACCUGGAGACAUAUUUCAGUAUCUGAGUCUUCAACGGAGGUUUUGGGAUCAACAGUUACUUCCUUCAGGGUUGAAAAUCUUUUGUUUGGUAGAACAUAUAUAUUUACAAUUCGUCCACUAUAUGGAGAAACUGAAGGUCCCGCUACAAUAAUAAGUGAACGAAUAUUAGGAACAAAUAAGAUCACUGGAGACGAAACUGUUUUAUCCACCAAAGCAACUUCUCCUCCUCCAUCAGCAAUAAUGCCAUCUCUUCAUGCAAGCUUAGUAACACGUGCUGCUGUAGCAACUGUGAAACGAAAAGUCCCUACUACUACUGAAGCAGCAAGCACAUUAAAAUCAACUACAAUGAGACCUACUAGCAUAUCUACAACCACAACAUCAGUGCCAUCAACACCAGAGCCAUUCUGUGGGAAGGUGAAAGCUGACAUUGUUUUCCUGGUGGAUGAGUCCUCAAGCAUUGGCUCUAAUAAUUUUGACAAACUGAAGAGCUUCCUCUUUAGAGUUGUGACAUAUUUUCCUAAAAUUGGAUCAGAAGGAACACAGAUUGCUGUGGUUCAUUACAGUGAUGAACCUCGCACCGAAUUUCCCUUAAACCAGUACCAUGACAGAAACUCAAUACUGAGAGCCAUUCGAGGAGUGAAGUAUGGUGGAGGAAAUACAAAAACAGGUCGUGGAAUUGGUUACAUACUGAGAGAGAGCUUUCAGCCCUCUGCUGGAAUGAGACAGAAUGUACCUCAUAUGCUGGUGUUGAUCACUGAUGGUAAAGCCCAGGAUGAUGUAUCACCACCUGCCCGUGUAGCUCAUGCCUUGGGUAUUCAUGUCCUGGCAGUGGGAGUUGCCAAUGCAGACAUUGAGGAACUGAAAAAGAUUGUAUUCCCUGGAAAUUAUCAAAAUAUUUUCUAUGCUAGCACUUUUGAUGACUUCCCAUCUAUUGAAAGAGAACUUAUUGAAACUAUGUGUAAAGAAGUUUCACUAAAGAGUGGCAUAAGACAGAAACAACAGGUUUCUGAAGUCGAUGUAAACAAGCCUCAGCAAACGUUUGAACUACAAGGAGACCUUUCAUCAAAAGGAUCUGAUGUAAUAAGCAAGCCUGAAGGACCUUGUGCCUCUCAGUGCAUAAAGGGUCAGAAAGGAGAAAAGGGUGACAGUGUGGGAGGACUGGGACUGAAAACAGGUGGAGGCUAUGAUCCUUUCAAUUUCAAUUCUAAAGGAGAAAAGGGAGAAAGGGGACUCCCUGGAACAGAUGGAAUUCCUGGACUUCCUGGACGACCGGGCCGCACAGGACCUCUUGGAUCCCCUGGACUUUUGGGCCCUCCAGGUGUUCAAGGAAAUCAAGGGCCACCUGGACACUCAGGACUAAAAGGUCAAAAAGGAGAAAGAGGUGAGCCUGGAUAUGUGAUAGGGAGUGGAGAAGUUAUUCCAGGCCGAAAAGGUGAACCUGGACAACCUGGAUCACCAGGUGAACCAGGUAUUCCAGGAGUAGCCGGACCACCAGGUUUACCAGGUCAACCUGGGCCUCAGGGACCACCAGGGAUAUCUGUGAAGGGAGAGCCAGGGGAUGCAGGGGUUAAAGGCCAGCGUGGAAAAAUGGGUCCAAAAGGUGAUAAAGGAGACAUGGGUGACACGGGUAAACCAGGAUUGCCUGGACCAAUAGGAAUUGAUGGAGUGCCAGGAGUCAUGGGACCUAAAGGCGAGAAGGGAAAUCCUGGCAUAGGAAUCGAAGGUGCACAAGGUCCAAAAGGAGAGCAAGGAGUAAAGGGAGAUAUGGGUAUUCAAGGUCCGGUUGGUCCAAAGGGAGAGAUUGGCCCACAAGGAAAUCAAGGACCUAUUGGUCAGAGGGGCAAAAAGGGGCUUAAAGGAGACAAAGGAGAUAAGGGUGAUCGUGGUGAAGUUGGAUCAAAAGGAGAUCAAGGAAGUGUGGGGCUCCCAGGUCCAUCAGGAUCAAAAGGAGAUCAAGGUGAUCGUGGUGUUCCAGGAGACCCAGCAGUAGGGAUUCUGGGACCUCCAGGCAAAAAAGGAGCCAGGGGUGAUGUAGGACCUGUAGGUCCCAUAGGAUCCCAAGGUGAAAAAGGAAUACAAGGAGACAAAGGAGAAAAGGGUAGUCCUGGUUAUGGAAUACCUGGUCAACCAGGACCAAAAGGAGACAGUGGAGAGAGGGGAAAUGUUGGAUUAUCUGGGAAGCCUGGACCAAAGGGACAAGAUGGAAUAAAAGGAGAAAAGGGAGAGGAAGGUCAGUCAGGAGAACCUGGAGUGUCAGGCCCAAGAGGUAAAGAUGGAGAUCCUGGAGUGAAGGGGGAACCAGGAGCAAGUGGUGAGCCAGGUCCUACGGGGGAUCCAGGAGAGAGAGGAACAAGGGGUCCUUUGGGACUUCCUGGAAGACCUGGAGACCCUGGCAUUAAGGGAGAUGCUGGCAUUUCUGGAGAACCUGGGUCAGAAGGGAAGAAAGGCGAAAAAGGAGAACCUGGACUUCCUGGGCCCCCUGGAACUUCCUCUUGCAUAUCAAUAGAGGGUCAUUGUGCCCUGGACCUACCCUGGCAGUACAUGACACAAAGCAGCAAUCAAACCUGGAUAUGCUGCCAGUCUGUUUCGGGGCACACUCAAGCACACAGUCACAUUCAGUCAUACUAG